ACCGUCAACAGCUGUAGCACUGGCUGUAGCUGCUGUAGCUGUGGCAAGCACUCACACAUGGAGCCAUGCAUGGAGCAAAGUAGCAAUCUGCGGCAGCUGAUGCGAAGCUGAAGAAUAUAAAUGAGAAGCACACCACUGGUCCGAGUAUGACAGCUGUGAUUUUCUAUUUAAUGGUACACAAAAGGAGUGAGCAACUGAAAGAAAUUCCCUGAAGGGUAUCAUGCCUCAUGUAUGUGCGGAGACCCUCAUCGAGCAGUCAAGGCCUGAAGGCAGCUCUGCUCUUCAGGGAGACACUAACAGAAGUGCUUUCACACCAUACAAGUCAUCAACUGUCCUGACCAACCUUCAACGUGGAAAUGUGCCUACCCAGACACAAGCUGUCCCUCUCAGGCGUUGCAUCCAUCAACUGUCUGCACAGGGAGAGAUCUCACCAGAUCAGAUAACGCCUGAGCGCCUGGACCUGCGUGACGAGGCGGGCCUGACACCACUGCUCUGGGCCAGCGCACAUGGGCAGUUGUCAACAGUGCGCCACUUGCUUGCCAAGGGGGCACAGGUUGGUGCACAGGGCCUGAGGGGCGAGACUGCUCUGCUACUUGCUGCUGCUCAGGGGCACUCGCACGUUGUACGCUAUCUGCUACAGCACGGUGCCAGCCCUAACCAGGCAGAUCAGGAAGGAAACACUGCCCUAAUGUAUGCUGCCCUUGGCAACCAUGCUGCCACGGCUCAAGAACUACUGUCAAGCGGAGCCGACAUGUGUGCUCAGAACAAUGUCUUUGACACUGCUUACGGCCUCUCAGUGACAAUGAGUGCACGACAGGUGCAGCAAAUCCUGGAGAAUUAUAUUCUGAAGCUGCUUCAGUGAGGUCUGGCUCAGGAUCACUAUUGCACCAGAGGCUAUUGAUUGCUUUUGGGCUUCUGCAGUGAACAUAUUUGUGCUUGUGAGCUGCACAACUGGACACUUGCAAAAAUGACCUGCUCAUUUUGUCCGUGCAAGACUUUGGCAUAUAAUGCCUUUAGACUGCAUGAGGUGCGAUAUAAGGCUAAACCCCAUGAGCGCGAUUUUGUCCGCGACAGUGACGGCUUCGAGCGACGGAUCAGGCCGUCCCGUGAACAGAUCGCUCGGUCGCUCGGUUCUGCAAAUCUAGAAUUCGUCGCUCGGAAGUGCUAUGAGCGACUAGCCAAUAGCGCAACUGGACGUACAUAACUCAAGUACUUCCGAUUGUCGCAGCGAACGAGCAAACGAUUGAAUUUUUAUACGUGCAAAGAACCUACUGCAAGACUUUCAGAAAUAUUUUAUGCUGCUUUUUACAGUAAAACACAUCAACUUAAGGUAAUAAAGCAUGCGUCACGCUAGUUUCGGUGCCUAUAUUGCUGCCCUCAUACCAGCAACACUGGGGAGACGUCAAUCGAAGUCAUCGCUCACAUGGGGUGCAACUUGUAGGCGACGAGCGAACGCGACAGCCAUCGCGUCGCUUGUCGCUGUCGCGUGCAAGAUCGCUUGCAUGGGGUUUAUACUAUAAAGUUUUUGAGAUGGGUGCUGCCUAAUGAACAGCAGUUGUAGUAGUGCGAUGCAUCAGCAGAUGGCACAUUUAGAUCUGGUAAAUUCCUCAAUAGUCAUCACACGGCGUCAGUGCUGAAAAAUUUGAAUGCCACUUCGUCUGCUGUAUGACUUAUUACAUUAAUGAUGUAUUAUAGGAGCUAGUCAGUGUUUUGCAUGUUUUUCUCCUUGUUUGACUGUUGCAGCAUUUGCAAGAUAACAUUGUGCUUGUAUAUGUGUGUAGCUGUGCAACUUGAGCGUCUGACAAUGAUGGUUGUGGCCAGGCCAGAACAUAGUAUACAGUCACGGCUUUCACGACAAAUGCAGAUUUCUGCUCUGUUAAGCAGUAGUGGUUCUAAUUUAAUGGAUCACAGUGUAGUUCGCAAGAACUGCUACGGAUCAAAGCUUUUAAUUAGAAGCUACGUGCACAGGCUUCGCAGAAAUUUGGCUCUUUCACAAACCCCACAUCUCAAACUUUUGUGGGUGACUGUACCGUCUGUCUACAACAGUAAAUUGCCUCCUUUUGUACUAGUUUUUCAGAUUCAGACACAAGAGAAUAAAACAAAUGUGACUGAAA